AGAAAGUGUGUUAAUCGAAAUGCUGGUGACAGGGAGAAAGAUACUGAGUUUCUGCGUCAUUGUGACGUUGACACACGCAGACAGAACUGUACCUGGAGUGAAUCCCGCUCACUACGAAUCCGUGGAGGCGGAAAAUCGCCGCCCUCUUUCGCCACAUCAUGAAGCGCGUUAUGCGGGUCGCCCCCUCGACAUCGAACAUCACAAAGCCGACAUUCAGCACCACUACGACGUGCCAGUCGAUGCCAACAAAAUGUCGGAACAAGAGCUUCAGUUCCAUUACUUUAAGAUGCACGAUACGGAUAACAACAACAUGCUAGACGGUUUGGAGCUCGUCAAGUCCGUGAUCCAUUGGCACGAUCCGCGAAAUCAUGAACAAGGUCAAGGCACCGGGCCUGAACCAAAGUUGUUUCCGGAUGCGGAAUUGGAAUCAAUCGUUGAUCCAAUCCUGCAUUCCGAUGAUUCCAACAGCGACGGGUUCAUUGAUUACCCGGAGUUCGUGAGAGCCCAGAGUGCAAAAAUCGCUGCCAUGAAGCAGACUUAGACAAGUGAUGGGACUUUUAUCCUUGCCGUGCCGUGUUUUUUACCGUGUGUUCUUCGUCGUUCAGAAUGUGGAGAUUCUUCCUUCUGUUUAGCGUUUGUCGUGGUUUCGAUCAUGGACACGAGCAUCAAGCCUCGUUCAGUCCAAGUGAAAACGAAAUCCUGUCCCAUUACGGACCCAAUGUGAAGAUCUCCGACCUGAGUCCGAGGGAACAAGCCAUGGCUUACUUCAACGUAUUCGAUACGGAUAAAAAUGGGGCAUUAGACGGUGUUGAGAUCCUUCAAACUUUGUUUCAUGAACACGUUCAUGAGUUGUUGGGUGCUGAUGGUCCGGACAUGGACCAUCUCAGACGCGUGGUGCAUUCUGAUGAAGACCUGGCCGAGUUUGUGGACGACACUCUGGAGCAGUAUGAUGCCAACUUCGAUGGGAUGGUUCAGCUUGCGGAACUCACUGGAAUGUUGGGACCAGCAGCUUCUGUGUGAAGUCCUUCGAAUGGGUUCUGUUUUCCCCCCUUUCAGAGCUUUAAGUGUUAUAUUUUAUUGGAAACAAGAGAAAAUGUCACUUCUUUAUGGCCAUUUGAAAAAUUCUUGAGUUGCAAGAAACUUUCUGCUGGAAAAAGUGUUAUGGGAUGUUAUUAUUCAAAUCAGUAAAUAGAGUGAUUGUAGGAAAAUUUGAAAAAGGUUUCUCAUACCGUAUAAUCUCUUUAUAACGAAUUAAUGCUUACAACGAGUUUGUUUCUCGGUAUAAUAUUUUUAAUAGACGCAGUGUUAUUUUAAUUUCGUUUGAACGACUUUGUGCUUUUUUAAGGUCCGAAACGCUUCGAUGUGAAGAUAUUCUCCUGUAUUUAUUCCUUGUAUGAAAACUAUUCAGAGCUGUUGAAGAUAAUUUAUGGCAAUUUCAAUGAAUUUUUGUUGACAAGGAAAUUAAAUAAAUUUGGUUUAGGAUAGCUUUCAGGUUUUUAACUAUGUAUCCAAGUUCUUGUCUUUAAGCUAAUUGAAAAAAUAUUUUUUAAGGCAGUAUUAGACAUGAUGGAUUCUAUGAAUGAAAAGUUUCAAAGCUUUUGGAUCAAUCAUUGUACAGUUAAAAAUAUACCGUAUUAUCAAUAUGAAAAAUAAUUGUGCUCAUGGUUUGACAAACACUUUUCUUAUAUUAUUCAUGAGCAAAGCAGUGAAUAAUUCAAGCAAUUUACGUGAUUUUAUCCUUUGGCAACACAGUGUAUUUUCUCACAAGAACUUCAGUUUUGUGGCCAUAGAGAAGUGCAGACAAAUGACAAAUCUAUCUUUUAUCAUUGGAUCUCUGGUGAACAUUUGUGUGAUCUGUUCGGGAGUGCUGUGGGGGUUACAAAUAAACUCUUGUGAAAGUAAAGGAA